UCCAUUUAUUGAUAAUGAUGUGUGUCUUUUAACCAUAAAAACACAAUUCUUCAGUCAUGCUAUUUGAGGAACACAGAAUGGGCUUGUGGAGUAGCUGUCUACACUGGAAAUGAAACUAAGUUGGGUAUGAGUAGGGGCAUACCGGAGCCAAAGCUAACAGCCAUGGAUGCUAUGAUUGACAAGUUAACUGGUGCUAUAUUUGUUUUCCAGAUAGUGGUUGUUAUGGUUCUUGGUAUAGCUGGGAACGUGUGGAAGGAUACAGAAGCAAGAAAGCAAUGGUAUGUUCUAUAUCCACUUGAAGGUCCAUGGUAUGAACUAUUGGUCAUUCCUCUUCGUUUUGAGCUUCUGUGUUCCAUCAUGAUACCCAUAUCUAUUAAGGUCUCUCUGGAUCUUGUGAAAAGUUUAUAUGCAAAGUUUAUUGAUUGGGAUUCUGAGAUGAUAGAUUAUGAGACUGUUAUUCCUUCACAUGCAACGAACACAGCAAUAAGUGAGGACCUUGGACAAGUUGAGUACAUAAUGACUGACAAAACUGGAACACUAACUGAAAAUAGAAUGAUCUUUAGAAGAUGCUGCAUUAGUGGCGUUUUCUACGGAAAUGAGAGUGGUGAUGCACUGAAAGAUACAAAGCUGCUUAAUGCUGUUGCUGGUAGCUCUCCUGACGUUGUUCAAUUUGUCACAGUUAUGGCUAUAUGUAAUACUGUUAUAUUCCUGUAA